UUGUGCUCAGUUUGGAGCGGCGUCGACAAGUGAGCGGUUGUGUAUUAUACAGCAGCAGUUGAGGAGCAGCACCAAAUUUAGAAUUUGAAUAUUUUGUGUGGCGAUUGUGUGUGCGUAGUAUAGAAACAUGUAUCACCUGAAGAGUUUGGCCCGUCAGGGCGCCAUGCGUCAGCAGGAGUUGACUGCGUUGGCCAAAGCUUUGCCCACUGCUGUGCUCCAGACACGCAACUACCAAAUCCCCGACCGUCUAAAGGAUGUGGCCACCGCUAAGGAUCCACGUUUCUUUGACAUGGUCGAGUAUUUCUUCCAUCGUGGUUGCCAAAUUUCCGAAGAUCGUCUAGUCGAUGACAUGAAGGGCAAGUUGUCCCUGGACGAAAAGAAACAGAAGGUAAAGGGCAUUCUGCAACUUAUGCAACCCUGCGACCAUAUCAUCGAGAUUGCAUUCCCAUUGCGUCGUGAUGCUGGCAAUUAUGAAAUGAUUACCGGCUACCGUGCCCAGCACAGUACACACAGGAUCCCCACCAAAGGAGGCAUCCGUUUCUCGUUGGAUGUGUCUCGUGAUGAGGUGAAAGCCCUGUCCGCUCUGAUGACCUUCAAGUGCGCCUGCGUUGAUGUGCCCUUCGGCGGUGCCAAGGCCGGUCUGAAGAUCAACCCCAAGGAGUACUCCGAGCAUGAGCUGGAGAAGAUCACACGCCGUUUCACACUGGAGUUGGCCAAGAAGGGUUUCAUUGGCCCCGGCGUCGAUGUGCCUGCACCCGAUAUGGGCACUGGCGAGCGUGAAAUGUCCUGGAUUGCCGAUACCUAUGCCAAGACCAUCGGCCAUUUGGAUAUCAAUGCCCAUGCCUGUGUCACUGGCAAGCCCAUCAAUCAGGGCGGUAUCCACGGACGUGUGUCGGCCACAGGUCGCGGUGUCUUCCACGGUCUGGAGAACUUCAUCAAUGAGGCCAACUACAUGAGCAUGAUUGGUACCACUCCCGGCUGGGGCGGCAAGACCUUCAUCGUGCAGGGCUUUGGUAAUGUUGGUCUGCACACCACCCGCUAUCUGACCCGCGCCGGCGCCACUUGCAUCGGCAUCAUUGAGCACGAUGGCACACUCUACAACCCAGAGGGCAUUGACCCCAAACAGUUGGAGGAUUACAAGAACGAGCACGGCACCAUUGUCGGUUAUCCCAAUGCCAAGCCUUAUGAGGGCGAGAACCUUAUGUUCGAACAGUGCGACAUCUUCAUUCCCGCUGCCAUCGAGAAGGUCAUCAACAGUGAGAAUGCCCACAGGAUUCAAUGCAAAAUCAUCGCCGAGGCUGCCAACGGUCCAACCACGCCUGCCGCCGAUAAGAUUCUCAUUGAUCGCAACAUUCUGGUUAUUCCCGAUCUGUACAUCAAUGCUGGUGGUGUCACCGUCUCGUUCUUCGAGUGGCUCAAGAACCUCAACCAUGUCUCAUACGGUCGCCUGACCUUCAAAUAUGAGCGCGAGUCCAACUAUCAUCUGCUCGACUCAGUCCAACAGUCAAUUGAAAGAAUUAUUAACGACGAAUCCGUGCAAGAAUCCUUGGAGCGUCGUUUUGGACGUGUCGGAGGACGCAUUCCCGUCACCCCCUCGGAAUCGUUCCAGAAGCGCAUCUCUGGUGCCUCUGAGAAGGAUAUUGUGCACUCCGGUCUGGACUAUACCAUGGAGCGUUCGGCACGUGCCAUCAUGAAGACAGCCAUGAAAUACAACUUGGGUCUCGAUCUGAGAACCGCUGCCUAUGUCAACUCCAUUGAGAAGAUCUUCACCACAUACCGUGACGCCGGUUUGGCCUUCUAAGCACAGCAGCUAGAGCUGCUAAAACCUGAAAGCUGGAAACUUAACUAGUUUAUUAAUCAACCGAACUCAAAAGCAAAUAAACAUAUUGCAUCCGCGCACCUCCGUUUUUUUAGAGAGUCACAAACAGCAAAAAAAAAAAACGCAUUAAACAAUUAAUUUAUAUAAAGCCAAACAAAAUUUUGUUCAACUUUUAACUUCAAUUUUAAUGUUUUGUAUUAAGAUAAACAAAGUGAAAAGCGAGCUUGAAUUGUUUUCGUAAUAAUUAUUUGUUGAUUUUCUCUAAGUUUUAAGUUUACAAAAUGAAAAAAGAAGAUGAAAUGAGCGUAAAAGUGAAGCAAUUGCAUUUUAUCAAUUAUGUAUCGUAAUCCUACGAGACGCUCUGUUGCCGCAACUUUUAAAUUAAACAAAUAUCAAAUAUACACAUAAAACAUAAA